UUGGGGGCAGCGGCGGGGCUGAUGAACAGAAUACCCUCCUCGACAUCUUAAAUAAGAGGCUGGAAGCUGGAAAUUUCCGCACGUGACAGCGACACGCCGCUAUAUGAGGAAACCGGCUGAGAGCAUCAGGACCAUUCAGUCAGCGGCGCGCAGGACGCACACUCCAACUCCAACACGUUUAGAGCGAAGCGGCACGCCGAGAACGGGGCAGACUGAACGAGGUUGAAAACCUCAGGUUAAAGCCUGUCCAAGACAUAAAGAGAGCUCGAGGGAAAAAAAAGAAGAACCAACCCUCCCUCCCAUUCACCACCUUUUUUUUCUUCUUCUUCUUUCCUUCUCGGACCUCCACUCUCAAGACGCGAGUUCCUUACAGUCAUUUAGUGAGAGAGAGAGAGAGAGGGAUGCUGCGUGUUGCUGAGCCGCACUUGCACUCAGACGGAACCUAGAAGCGGAAUUACACUUCAUCUUUUCUUGAGAAGCGAACCAGGGGUGACCGUGGCUGCUGUUACGCACCGUUCCGUGCCCAGUUUUUAGGGGUUACAAGGGGGGCAGCUCGGGGAGGAUCUGGACAUUAACACACAGAAGAAUCUCUGCUUUCAUCUUUCACGAUCACGGGAAGGUGUUGAUUUCGUUACUCUCUCUUAUCACACCUCUGUUUAGCGCUCCUCCACGGACACAUUAACAGGAGAAUCACCAGCGCGCUUUAAAAAAAAAAAAAUGCUUCCAGCCGAAGACGUGAUGCCAUGUCGCGUCUCCACUGACGUUUGACACAUUCAAGGAUCAGCUAAAAGAAACGGGACAAAUUGGACAAAAACAAAAGAUAGAGAACUUCUCUUAAGCCAAGCCGGUGGGCUCUCUUUUUUUCUUCUUUUCUCCUUUUCUUUAUUGGACUCCGAGCAAACCAGACCGCCGUCCAGAUGCAGUUUCGACUCUUCUCAUUUGCCCUGAUCGUCUUGAACUGUAUGGAGUACAGCAACUGUCAGGCGCCGUCGCACCGCUGGAGGAGAAACAAGAGAGCUAGCUAUGGAGCAUACCCCAUCUGUAAAGGCUGCUCAGUGUGCUCCAGGGAUAACGGCUGUGUGAACUGCCAGCCAAAACUCUUCCUGUUCCUGCGAAGGGAGAGGAUGAGGCAGUACGGCGAGUGUCUUCACGACUGUCCAGCUGGAUACUACGGGAUGCGCAGCCCUGAGAUCAACAUGUGCUCCAGGUGCAGGAUAGACGACUGCGAGUCCUGCUUCAGCAAAGACUUCUGCACCAAGUGUAAAUCAGGUUUUUACCUGCACAAAGGGCGCUGUUUUGAUAAGUGCCCCGAGGGCUUUGCCCCGCUGGAGGACACAAUGGAGUGUGGAGAGGGCUGCGAGGUGGGUCAGUGGAGCGAGUGGGGAGCCUGCACCAGGAGAAACAAAACCUGUGGCUACAAGUGGGGUCUGGAGACCCGAACGCGGCACAUCGUCAAGAAACCGCCCAAGGACACAAUACCGUGUCCCACCAUCGCUGAGUCCAGGAUGUGCAAAAUGGCCAUGAGACACUGCAGCAGGAGAGGUAAUUCAGGGAAGCAUCGAUCCAAAGAGCCAAAGAAGAAGAACAAGCAAAGGCUGCGGGUUCGCGCCCAGAACCAGCACAGCGACCACCUGGCUCUGCGCGCUCCCGCCAGCAAGGACUGAAAAACCUCACAGUGAACACAGAAACCAACGCAAAGCUGCUAGCCGCUGCUGCACCCAUACUCUGACUGACAACUAUUACCGACCCCAUCCACCUCCCCCACCUGCCUCCUCCGCUCCGCCCACCAGGACACAAACCCCCACCCACACCCCCCCACCCCCCCCAGCCCGAGAAAUAACGUGCCGUAUAAAGUGAGAUACCAGUACCAGUACACGCUCCGCCUCCCAACGGCUUCCCUCUUCUGUUGCUGUGACCGGCCGGGCGACUCUGCCGCUCCCAGCGCCGUCCUUUGCCUCGUGGACCCGCGCAGUCGACACAACGGAACUCAUUUUCACGUCAUUAGCGACAACAUUGACUGUACAGGGUGACAGAAGAUGGAGGGGAACCCGGGAGGUAACGUGGAGCCAGGAGAGGCCAGGGAGAGGGCAGCAGAAUAGAGCGGAGAGUCAGGGAGUUGCCAAGCCGAACUGAACCGGAGGGGAAGGACGUGACAGGUCCUCUAGGGAGAAGAAGCAGAGGAGGUUCAGUUGAAAGCCAAUGAUGCUAAUGGACAGAGAAAAAAAAAAUGGCAUCUUGAAAUAAGAGAGACUGUUUUUUUUUUUUGUUCAUAUAUUUAUGUCAAAGCUACCCUCGCCUUCUUUCCCUCUAAAUGGAAACUGAGUUUUCCCAUGUGUGGCCUUUUUAUGUUAUGUAUAUUUUCCAGAGUAAUAUUAAAAAAAAACACACAACUAAAUCCCAUGCAUAGUUGCAAAAAUAUUUUAUUCUCAGCACAAACUGUUUACGUUCAGACCGCUUAAUGCUGUAUCUGUAUAGUGUCAGUUAAGAAGAAAAAAAAAGAAGACAUUUAGUUGUUCAACUAGCAUGGCAACAGACUUGUACAUAGUUGAUCUAAUUAUAAAUGCCUAUUACUGUAUUUUCAGUAUUGAGUCAUUCGCCAUUCUAAAUGUUUUAGAAAUGAAUUAAAAAAAAUGGUUGUAAUACAAGCUACAGAUUAAAAUAAUGAAAAAACAUAAUAGACUUAGCCACCACAUAGCUAUUUCAUUCAUAUGGUAUAUAUUUGAUUUAUUUAUUAAUUCAGUUUUGUACUUUUUAUUGUUCAGUGAGAAAAUCCUGCCUCACACUGUUGGUGUUAUUCCGAGAUAUCCUUUCCUUAUAUCAGUGCGUAUCUCUUAACGUGCAGCGAAGAGUUUGUCUGUCAAAAAGUGUUGUAGGCUGUUCAUUCGUUUGACCUCAUCUACUGAUUUUGAUGCUUUAUAAAAGGAGAAAAAAAACUGAAACUAUGCUUUGAUGUAUUCUAGGUUUAAUAAUUAGGCUCCAGCUAAUGUAUGGUCAUAGGACUGCAUAAGUGUACAUUGUGUUUUAUUAAAAACUGCAUUUCAUGUGA